AAGACCUAGAACCUUGUGAAGAUGAUACGGACCUGGUCGAAAGUCCGGAAGAAGGGAGGCGAGGCUCAGGCUUAGUGGCCCGCCAUGUUUUUCACCAAGUGGGGUGUGUAGAAGAGGCCGGGGUGAAAAUCAUCUCUCGGGAUAUGCAGUGUCAAAAUGGAAAGAAGACUGUACUGCUUAUCCUUCACUAAGGCCUGCCAUCAUUGCAACGACGACACAUCCACCGUCUGUGUACCUGAACCGGAUACCCACUAACAGUCAUUAACCAAAUUAUAAGCAAUACCACUGCAAGUAACUGAGAUAAAGCAACAAACACAGAUCAAUUUACAAAAAUCACAAAUACAUAACUAAAUAGGGAUCCAUUGACAAGUGGAAAGGGUAAAAGGCGAAAGGGUGGUGUUGGUGGCUGUUUCCGGCGGUGUUGAGACGUUAUAAGGAAAAAAAAAAGAAACUUCGAAAUUCAUACAGGAGAGAGGAUGAUCACCCCGGAGGCAGCAGAGUUCGCGACAAUUCGUGGGUUCUGGAGGAGAUCCGUCGCGAGGGAAUGAGGAACCCUGCUCCUCGUCUGGUUGGGAUUGCGGCAUCCCCAGGUGGGGGUGGGGUCUUUGGUAACAGGGCCGAGGAGGAGUUGCGCCAGUGGCUCGAGGCACGCCUGGACGCAUUGGGAAUUGACCCGGUGGCGUACUCGCGCUUUGUACUCAGCUUGCUGCGCCGCCCCGACUCGGCCCUCAGCCCUCCGGCAGAGGCAGUGGGCGUAGGCCGAGGCGGAGGACGUCGUACGCGCCAGAGACCUAGAGGGUGGCUGCCCUUGCCAGGAGACAGGGAACAGAAGCGUGCCGCCGUGCAAUGUCUUACCAGCGCUGCUGACCAGAAGUGUGGGGUGGAGUCGCUGGUGGACGAAUUGUGUGCGAAAUUGCGAGAGCUGGAAGGAGGAGGCUCGAGCGACGAAAAAGAAGAAUGCAAGAAGACAGAAGUAGAAUCAAAGGCAGCCUUCGAAUCCCUGACUCCAAGAGACAAAGCCCUCAGAUACUACGCUGCAUUCCCGGCCUUGCAACCUGCCACCCCGAAAAAGUUUUCCCAGAGGAAGGACAGGAACGUGGGAAACAAUAAUAGCAACAAUAAGAUCAACUGUAACAAUAAGAAUAACAGCAAGAAUAACACUAGCAACAAUAAUAAUCGCAGCAACAAUAACAACAACCAGAAGCCCCGUCAUAGGAAAACGAAGAUGGCCUUCGUAACUAAGGAAGAAGUUUUCCUGAGGAUGACCAUCGGGGGAUCCAAUGAAAAUCCGCCAACCAGCGAGCGCGCAUUCUUUCAGCAGGCAAUCGAUCUGCGAAGAUCUGACGAAAAGGAAAACUACGGGUUCGCGAAAUCGAUGGAACGUGAACGAGAGAAAGAACGCGAAUUGGAACUGGAUCAGCUGCGAUUGGCGCAGCUGCAAGCAAAGUUCGACCAGAGUUUAGAAGCACUAUGGGAUUCAGGUCCCGGCAAUGCCCAGAAUACGGCUUCGAUUUGGGCAGCUCCUUCUCUCUCGAUUCCUUCCGGACCACUCUGGCCUACGGACACCAUCGAUGCCACUUUCGCUUUGCCCAUAUCGGACAAGGGACACUCUGCAGCAGUGGCCGACACACCGUAUCAGGAAUCUAUCAUAGACGACUCACCGUUUAUCCCAUGGGACAUCGAUUUGAUUGGCGUCGAAGAUUACGCGGACGAAUCCGGGAACAAGGAAAAGUCAGCAGAGUACAAUGUGAAUUGGUCCGAUUCCAUCAUGGAUGGACCCUGGUGCUGGAGAGAUCUUGGCAGCAACUUGGCCACUCUGAACGACAGUCCACGAACAGGUAGCUGUUUCUUCCCGGUUGCACCUCACAAGACCCCCAUUGGCACAGGCAAGCAAUCUCGUUCGAACCUCAAGGUAAACAGCCUUCCGGAUCCGGACGAAGACCUUCUUACAUCGAACCGAACACACUUUCGGCCGAUCAAGGAUGACGGUCACUGGGCCGACGGGACCACGUUUCCCGUGAACAACACACUCGAGCGUGUUGCCUAUCGCAGAUCCGAGUCAGGUAACCUGCUCUAUCUACCAGGAGGAGAGAGCCCGUACAUGGAGUAUCGGGAAAGCGAUUCGCCUCCCCCUGCCGCGUCCUCGAAUCUAACGCUGAAAUUCAGGGUGCGUCAAUGUGACAAGUGCGUUCAAACCGAGCCCAUUCGAUCUCCGGUCAAACGCAGAAUUCUCUCCGAACAGGAUCGCUUUUACCAUUCACCGGUCGGUGUCGGAAGUUCUACUAUCCAGGAUCCUGUAGAAAACGAGAAGGAUACUUUUGCAACGGGCCAACUCGGCUGGGUACAAUCUAGCUUACCCUUACACAACGACAGGAAGAGAAGACACAGCAGUAGCCUGAGAUGCCGGCCAUUGGCUGCAUUGCGCCCACUAACCCUCUAACUGAAAAGACAAUAAAGAAAAAUACGAUGAAAAAGUGAAAGGCUGAGAUAUAGGUAGAAAGGAGAAAGAAGGGAAAACUAAGAGGAGGUUGGAGUCGCCAUGCUACCGGAAUGGCGAGUUGUGUUUUAGCUAUAAUUUUAUUUUUCUCAAAACACAGAGGAAAGAAGUUGAGAGUGCAAAGUACGACAGGGGGGUCCUCUUGGCAUGUGGAAUUUGUUAUGCAUGAACCCAAGAAGGCUCGGCUAGCCCCCUUGCCAUCCGUAGGAAACAGCAAUUCAAAAGCAAAAAUACGAGAAACGCGAGAGUACUAUGAAAUAUGAGUAAUAAUGGUUUAUUCAGAUGAUAAUUUUAUGAUUAUUAAUCCUUUGACAAAAGAAAAACAAAAAAACACAAAGAAAAACAAAAAUGAAAAGUAAAAAAAGGGUAUAACCUCAACGUCUUAUUUAAACGAUGAGAGAACAUUGAAAAGAGUAAUACGAGUGUAUUUCCGAUUUAUUAUUUCUAACUUGUUGAUCAUGAUUUCUCCCAUAGAUUUUUGCCAAGAUGACAUAUUUAUUAUUCGCUAUUUCUCCGCACCGUGAGAAUUCAUUCUCACUUGUAUCUCAAUGUGCAAGAUUUUAAUUUUUCUCCUUUCGUCCCGUUUGGUGAUAUUCGCAACACUAUAUAUAAUUAUCAUAUACAGGAAGACGUAACCAUAAUACAAGUAGACGAGGUGUAGCCACUAGCGAUCGGACUUUCGCGCAGAUCACGAAACGCCCAAUGACGUCACGUUCAAAACUACAUCAGUCCUACUUUGAGAGGGACUUUCUACGUGUGUUGAUUUGUAAGGAGAUCGUCCCUCAUGCAUACAAAUAAACCAAAUCAGAGUAGAGAGGUUCCGCCGGUGACGUCGCUAUCCAAAUACGCAGAAUCGCUAGUGGCUAUUAUUCCUCAUCUCUACUUGUAUAUAAUGGACGUAACGUGCUCGAACUUUGGUACGUAGAAAGGUAAAAAAAAAACAUCAAACAAAAUAUUUAAACAUCUUUAAAAAGUUAAAGAAAAAAAAGAAAAGUCGAUCGCUGCACGCUACGAAAAGAUAUUCAAGUGCUGUUCUAUUUUCUUGUUUUUUUUCCUUAAUUAUUAAUUAAUUAUCUUAAUCAUAUUUCCUAAUUAUAAUUUAACACCUUAAAUGAUUAACCUUCUCCUUGUACCCGACAACUCCCGUUAUCCCUUACUCAUACUAUCCUAACCACUAUCCAACCCCCUUGAAUUCCAGAAUCCAUUGUUACUUGAGUAACCAUAUCCUGCAUCCAAUUCAAAUUUAAGAAAAAACGUACUAUUUUCCUCACCAGCACCGCAGAUCCUGAAAUCCCAAAAUUUCCCAAAACUUUCCCUUAUCUACGACACACGAUACACAUCCAAUAACACACAAGAUACACACUUGUCCCCUAUGGAAACCAAGUAACUGAAAAACGUACAUGUAUAAAAGUGUAUUUGAAAAACGUGCACACCUUGAGAUAAAAAGGUGUGAUGAAAAAAUGGAACAUAAAUUGUCCCUAAGUUACAUGAGAAAUGCCUGUUGAUAAUGAUAAUAGGGCGUACGUGUCACUGCGCGACGGAGGAAUGAUGGAUGUUAUCUAACGAAUGCUCCCUUGGAAGAGAUGAAAAACUGAGAAAGGAGAAAUGGAAAUAUGCAAUGAAACACAAAAUAUAUUCUUUGAGAGAAGGAUGUACGCAAUGGGAGUAACCAAAUAAAGGCAUUGCAAACUGAA